GUGCUUGGUCUUUCUGGGCGUUGACAACUGACUUCUACUGAUUAUGUGGCGUAAUAAAUAUGGCGUCUUUGCUUUAGCAGUUUCCAUGGAAGUUGCUCUGCAGCUCGACUUCUGAAAAGGAUUCAUUCGGAUUAUACAGUUGACAAGCUUUGUUUUUAGAAUCGAGAUGAACACCGGACAACCAUCGGAUUUAGGGGAAGCAGUCGUACCUGUGGCCCAAACGAUGGUUGCUCAAGGGGCUUCAAGCUUCCGUGACAGAAGCGUAUGAAAGCUGGGGUUGGGUCUUUCUCUAUCCUAGUUGACCCUUUAAUAAUUGACAAUCGCCAUGGUCAAUGUCUCCUGCUAUAUAUCGGCCCCGGUACAUUGUGGCCCUUCAGUUCUCAGUUUUUAAAAGAGGCUUCCUGUGACAUUUCCGUCGAGGAAUUAAGCUUAACUAGUAUGGGUAUUAAACUGACACGAAACCGAGGUCGCUACUCCUAUGACCCCUACUGCUACGAAGCUCAGUCGAUCCAAAGCUCAUCUGCUUAUUCCUAUGAUGCUCGACCAAUCCAAAGCUCAUCUUCAUCUGCUUACUAUGAUGCUCGGUCGAUCCAAAGCCCAAUAUCUACUCACGCCUCCUCCAAGAAACACAACACAGACUGGGAGAGGGGAAGCAGGAUUCAGUCGAGAUACUUGAGAAUUGGAGAUGACUACUACUCUUUAGAACAGGUCACGGAUGCACUAGGACAAGCAGGUCUCGAAUCUUCAAAUCUCAUUGUGGGCAUCGAUUUUACUAAGAGCAACGAAUGGAUGGGGUCGCGAUCUUUCCGACACAAGAGCCUCCAUCAUCUCGGGAACACCCAAAACCCGUACGAGCAGGCCAUAUCAAUCAUCGGGAGAACACUCUCAUCCUUCGAUGAAGACAACCUGAUUCCUUGUUUAGGAUUUGGUGAUGCUACUACACAUGAUCAGGAUGUUUUCAGCUUUUAUCCCGACAACAGGUCCUGUAAUGGGUUUGAGGACGUACUUGCUCGAUACCGGGAAUUGGUUCCUCAAGUGAAUCUGGCAGGACCAACAUCUUUUGCUCCGAUUAUCGAAACUGCAAUCGAUAUUGUGGACAAAAGCAGGGGCCAGUAUCACGUCCUCAUGAUCAUUGCCGAUGGACAGGUCACAAGAAGUGCGGAUAUGGUUUCUGGGCAGUCAAGCCCUCAGGAGCAGAGUACGAUCAACGCAAUUGUCAAAGCAAGCGAGUAUCCGUUAUCCAUAGUACUGGUGGGAGUCGGAGAUGGGCCCUGGGACAUGAUGAGAAAGUUUGAUGACAACAUUCCAGCUCGAGCUUUCGACAAUUUUCAGAUGUGCGUGCAGUUCGUGAAUUUUACGGAGAUUAUGCUGAAAAACACUCCCAGCUCCAAGAAGGAGACAGAUUUUGCAUUGGCAGCACUGAUGGAAGUACCAACACAAUAUAAAGCAAUACUUGAUCUCCAACUUCUCGGUCGCCAAAGAGGAACUCUGGGAAGAUUUCCUCUGCCUCCACCUCAGAGGACAAACCCAAUUGCUCCCUCCAUAACAAGCAUGUAUGUAAGCACUAAUGAAACAGGAUCAGCAUUUUCUAACAAUCCGACAGUUAAUUCCUUCGCACCAAGCCCGUAUUCGAGCGGUAACGAGACAGGUUCAGCAUUUUCAUACAUUCCAAGCGCUGUUACUGAGGACUCAUCAUAUAACAUGAAUUGUCCAAUAUGUUUUUGGAGUAAGAAAGACCUCGCCUUUGGAUGCGGGCAUCAGACAUGCUACGACUGUGGGAGAGACUUGACCUUAUGUCCAAUUUGCCGAACCUGUGUAACUACUCGGAUAAAGCUUUAUGACUGAAACAUAAGACGUGUGGAAAAUUUAAUAUUAAAAAUUAAUGAAUAGUUCGGAAAAUUUAAUAUUAAAAAUUGAAUUGAAUAUAAUGGAGUUGUAUGUAGAUUUAUGUAUGGGGCCCAUCUUUUUUACUUUAAAUAGUUUAUUUUUGUUGUGUAGUGGUAGAGUUAAAGUUAGAGUUAAAAUCUUAAAAUCAGAUCCUGAAAACAAACGGAGCAUUAAAUACUGUGUUUGAUUUUAAAGUUGA